AUGUUCAUCCUUACAAAAUUUCAGGAUCUGGUUUCAAUACCACCACACCAAUUCUACAAAGAGGACCGACAGUCAAUCGAGGACAAGAUCAACGAAAAGUACGCCAAUAAAGUCGUGCAGAAGAUCGGCUUAUGCAUCUGCAUGUGGGAUCUUCUAAGCACGUCUGAAGGUUUGAUCGGUUUCGGUACAGGAAACAUGAAUAUCAACGUCGAGUUUCGAAUGGUUGUCUUUAGGCCUUUCAAGGGCGAAGUAAUUUCUGCUAGGAUUAAGGCGAAUACUCCAAAAGGAAUCUUUCUCAGUACGGACUUCUUUGAGAAUAUUUUUGUUCCAGAGACUAUGCUUUUUGAAGGCUGUUAUUACAACGAAAACGAAAAGGUCUGGGUAUGGCUGAGUGGUGAGACGGAGAUAUUUUUCGACGAUGGGACCAUCGUGCAUGCCAGAAUUGAGACGGAGAAAUGGCAGGACGCCAUGCAGAUCGACGAAAGUAAGGUCAAGGCUGUGAAUGGUGCACAAGAAGCUCUACCCAACAAAAUCCCCUACUCUAUCGAAGCCUCCAUGGCGGAAAUGGGUCUAGGUGGUGUGGAUUGGUGGUGA